AUGCCAAUACACCAUCUUAUCAUGACACGAUCCUGUCAUCACACCUUUAUGUCAACACACCAUUAUGUCAUCACACCAUCAUGUCAUCACACCUUUAUGUUAUCACACCAUCGUGCCAUCAUACCAUCCUAUCAACACACCAUCCUGUUAUCACAACAUCCUGUUAACACGUCAUCCUGUCACCACACCAUCCUGUCAUCACACUAUCCAGUCUUCACAUCAUCCUGUCAUCACACCAUCCUAUCAUCACACCAUCCUGUCAUAACACAAUCAUAUCAUCACAUUAUCGAGUCAUCAUAUCAUCAUGUCAUCAUACCAUCCUGUGAUCACACCUUUAUGUCAUCACACCAUCCUGUCAUAACACCAUCCUGUUAUCACACCACUCCUAUCAUUACUCCAUCAUGUCAUCACACCAUCCUGUCAUAUACCAUCAUAUCAUCCAACAUCAUGUCAUCACACCAUCAUGUCAUCCCACAUCAUGUCAUCACACCAUCCGUCAUAACACCAUCUUAUCAUCACACCAUCAUGUCAUCACACCAUCAUGUCAUUACACCACUCCUAUCAUUACACCACUCCUACCAUUACACCAUCACAUCUUGUCAUCACACCAUCCUGUCAUAA